CUCGAAUUCCCUAUCAUUAUCUUAUUAGCAUAACAACAACGCUAAUUCAUUUUGAUCAAUUCCAAAACUACCAUGUUCGCCUCCCGCCGCCUUACCGCAGCCGCAAGCGUUCCUCGCGCCUUUAGCCAGAGGGCUCUAUUUCACAGAACCGCACCUGCCUUCGUCCAGAAAGGCGAUCCUAUCCCAGAUCUCGACGUCCUGGUUGAGAACUCUCCCGGAAACAAGGUCAACCUCGCCAAGGAGCUCAAGGGCAAGGGUGUCAUCAUUGGUGUUCCCGCCGCUUUCAGCCCUGCAUGCUCAAGCACCCAUGUUCCUGGGUAUAUCAGCCAUCCCAAGCUGAAGGAAGCUGGGCAGGUUUUCGUCGUCGCCGUCAAUGACCCAUUUGUAACCAAAGCCUGGGGCACAACCCUUGACCCAACAGGCAAGAGCGGCAUCCGCUUCUUGGGUGAUCCCACCGGGAAGUUCUCCGAGGCAUUGGAUGUUACAUUCGACAGCACGACGAUCUUCGGCAACCAGCGUAGCAAGCGCUAUGCGCUCCUCGUCGAGGAUGGCAAGAUCAAGGAGGCCUUUGUUGAGCCGGACAACACGGGUGUUAAGGUUUCCACUGCCGAGAAUGUGCUUGGAUAGAUAGGGUAAACUACACCAGCAAAUUGAUGCACAAUAAAUAUUAGGUGCUCUAGCUGUCAGCAUGACAUAUUGUCAAAUGAUCAUAAGAUAGAUAUACAUGAAUUGAUUCGCCCUCCAACGCC